UUACCUGCACUUCAGUUUACAGGUGUGACUCUACUAUCAGCAUUGUAGCCGAGCUGAGCGCUGGAGUUAAAUCACUUUACCACUUAGUAUGAUCUGACGCCAGUAUCAACACAACAAUGUUCACCUAUUUUCUACUUUUGGGAAUGAUCUGCACAUGCAGCACACACCUUCAUGGACGUCAUAAAAGAUCUUGGAUUAUAGACUCAUUUGACAUUGUGGAGGAACACCCGGGACCUUAUCCAUUUGAACUGGGUCAGAUUAAAUUGGACCGUAGUUAUUCGGUGGAGUUUUUUCUAAAAGGCAAAGGGGUGAACGAUGAACCAAAGGGCGUCCUUUCUAUAAAUCCCACCACAGGAUUAAUUAAAGUUCAUCGUAAAGUCGACUAUGAGCAGUUCAGAGUCCUCAAGCUUACGUUUCAAGCAAGAAAUAAGUCCAACUAUGCUAUAGACACACAACUAGGCAUGGAGGUCAACAUACUGGACAUAAACGACAAUGCGCCCAAAUUUCAGACAGAGUUAUAUGAUGUCACUAUAAAUGAGGCCACCAAGCAAGGUGGUUUUAUUUUAGGUGUAUUAGCCACAGAUAGAGAUGCACCGGGAACUAUUAAUUCAACUGUUGAUUACAAAAUAAUUUCUGUAACUCCGAAAACUCUAAACGCUGAAUUUUACAUGCGAGAAAACGCUAUAAUAUCAUUUCGGGGAUGUCUGGAUUAUGAGGUGGCUAAUAAAUACACAAUACUAGUUGAAGCAAAGGACCGGGGAGAGAUUGUAAAGAUGUCAAGCACGACCACAGUUGUUAUUAAUAUUCUGGAUGGCAACAAUCACAUGCCUGUUAUAACAGGACAAACGGGUUCUAGUAAGGUGUUGGAGGGUACGAAUGGUUCCUCCCCCCUCAUCAUACAUACAACUGAUUUAGACACCCGUCUCACUGCUGCGUGGAGGGCCGUGUACUCCAUACAAGGAGAUAAAGAUGGUUACUUCUCCAUCCGCACCGAUCCGGAUACUAAUGAUGGAGUACUCACAGUUGUUAAGCCCCUAGACUACGAAAAGCAGGCACUACAAAGUAUCAGCAUUACUGUAGAUAAUGAUGAGCCCUUUUACUCGUGUGAGGUGAAAGACAGGCCUGCAAGUGGGCUUUGGAUUAUCACUUCACAUCAAACAACAAAAUGCACUCGAGGCUUUAACAUUACAGUGGAAGACGUCAACGAGCCCCCGUAUUUCCCUCAGCGGGUGAGGAGGGUAGUGUUGGAGGAGAACGGUGCCGUCGGAGUGUUUGUGGACAAAGUGACGGCGGUCGAUCCUGAUACUAAACAAAAACCCGUUCUGCAGUAUUCUCUUGAACAAGAUCCUGCAGGCUGGCUCAGAGUCAAUGCCACGACAGGGGAGAUCUUUGUGAAAAAGCCUUUGGACAGAGAGUCAAGUUAUGUGAUCAAUGGCACUUAUACAGUUACUGUGACUGUCACUGAGAAAGAUGACCCUAAAAUGACAAGCACUGCUACGGUUAACAUCUACGUCGAAGACAAGAACGAUAAUGUGCCCAUGUUAAAGGAAAACGCAGUCUCUGUCUGUCAAUCUGAUGAGGUUUCUAGUACAGAGAUCACGGCGUAUGACCUUGAUGGAGAUCCAUACAGUGGACCAUUCAGUUUUGAACUAAUAGGAGAUGUUAAGGACGAAUGGACCUUCGACCCGAGCCACGGUAACACGGUGCACUUGGUGAAACACAAAAACGUUUAUCCUGGUAUGUACACACUGACGGUAAAAAUCUCGGAUAAGCAGGGCAGCUCUUUUCUCCAGAAUCUCUCCGUCUCGGCGUGCGAUUGUUCAGUCUCACCAAGCUGUCUUGUUCAACGCAACACACAGAAAAAAGUAGGAACCGGUGUAAUUGGAACGGCCAUCUUUGCCUCACUGCUGGUUUUCGCACUUCUUCUGCUCUCCAUCACUUGCUCUUGCGGGACUGUGAAGUCUUUGGCACAUGUGGACUAUGUUCUAGAUAAUGUCCUGCAAUCUAACACUGAGAACCCUGGAACAGAUUGUAUGGUCCCGAACAGUCUCCUGAAGAAAAAAUAUGAGGCUCAGUCAAUGGAGGCUACUCUGGUAUCUAACAUUAUUCAAAGCAAGGGGAACGUUCAGCAGGUAGGGAGCAUGAAUAUGAGCCCUCGUAAUACCCUGAUUCAAAUGAAUGGAAUCCAGUCCAGCAAAAGAUCGCAAUACAAUUUCAAUGAGCAGAUAUCCACAUGGAAACAGUCACUGUAUCGGAGUAACAGUCAUUAUAAGGGUACAAUGGUUAGCAGAAUGACCACUAAAAGACAGAAUUCAUAUACCAUGAGCCGACUGCAUUUACAAAAUAUACUCUUACAGAGGCUACAUUCAAUACAGUCACUGGGAAAUGAGUUGCUUGAUUAUGAGCCUCAUCGUUACGCUUUUGAGGACAACUCUGAAUAUGUUGCAGACCUGGACCCUAUAGACUUGCCCGAUAAUGACUUUGAUCCCGAGCCGUUCUCUGACCUUGGACCUGCAUUUAGGCAACUGGCUUCAAUCUGUAACCCAGAGAAAAGCUCAACAACAAAAGUGAUUGAGAAUGGCACUAUAAAACAUAUGUAACAUAUGUCCUUAGUAAAGAAAUAUGGGUUAUUUUGAAUAGGAUUAUGGGCUCAGUCAUACCAAGAAUGAUCAUAGUGACAAUUCUCAUAAUGAUAAGUGAAUUGGAGUUACAAUUUAUUUUGAUAGUCCACUUUAGAUAUUUAGGGAAGGGAUACUUGUAGUCAGUAGAAUGACAGAUGAGGGACCAUUUAAAUAAAUAGCUAGUAAAAUGUGUAGUAUGAAGUGGACUAUUAAAAUAAAGCAUUACCGAAUUUUGAUUUGUUUUUUUAUUUGUUCAAUAAUAUUUCAAUAAUAUUGUUCCGGUAUGGAGUGCACUUCUAUCUUACAGUUAAAACUAUUUUAAAACUAUCUUUACAGUUAUAGUUAUGGUUCUUGGUGUGAACAGGCCUUAUCUGUUGCAAAAAAAAUUAUCUUCCAUAGGUAUUUGGGUGUAAUUGAGACAGGGCUUAUUUUUAGUUGAAUAGAUUUAUGUCCUUAUAUUUUUUUACAGCGGGGUUUGUUUGUUCAAGCAGGAUAAUAAAUCAUGUGGAUAUCUUAGUUUAAAAUCAGGUUAUCGAAGGAUGUCAUGCAGAGUUCAUCUGUUUACAACCAGAGGGUUCAAGAAAAAACUCCUCAUGCUGGUAUGGUCAGUUUUACACUUUAGAAGAAAGUUACACAAUUAGUUUCACUACAGUAGUUAACAUGAACUUACAAUGAACCAUCUUUCAUCUUUGUUUCAUGUUUAUUUCAACAUUUACUAAUACGAUUAAAAGUUGUCUCUGUUAAUGCAGUUAAUGUGAACUUAUAUAAACAAUUGUAUUGGCAUUACUCUUAAAAACAGAGGUGCUACAACAGCUAUGCCGUUAAAUAACUAUUUUUGGAUCCCAUAGGUUCUUGCCAGGACAAGAUGCAAGAAAUUAUACUCUUCUUGACAAGGCAAUACAUUACAUCACUACAAAACAAACUAACACAGGACAACAGACACGAGGGAGUUAAAUGGAUAGUUCACCCAAAAAUGAAAAUUCUGUCAUUAUUUACCCACUCUUGUGUCAUUUCCAAACAGUUGGUGAGCCACUCAAAAUAUAUUCCUAUGUGUUUAUCAGAACCAAGACAUUUAUACAGGUUUGUAACACCAUGAGGGUGAGUAAAUGAUGACAGAAUUUUCAUUUUGGGGUGAACUAUCCUUUUUAUUAUAUAGGGCAGCAAAUAAUGAGGGCAGAGGAUGCCGAGAAAUUUGAGAAAGACGAGUUAACACUUUUCACUUUUCCUGGCCGGGAGAGACAAUAGGGCUCAUUUACAUCUCAUUUAGCUAAGCCACACCCCCUGUAAAGCCGUUUUGAGAUACAGAUGUUCUAGCAUCAUAUAGUAUUUUGUGAAAGAAGGCCAGAUGACUUAAACAAUUAUUUUUAAUAAGUAAUGCUUAAAAAAUUUAAUUUAAUUUCCUCACUUUAAAUAAAACUUAAUGUUUAAAUAUGCAUUUUACGUUAGGUUUUUUACUUAAAGUGAGAAAAAGUUAAAAAACUUGUUACUAGUUGAAAUAAGUUUUUUAAGUAGAGCAGCUUUCACUUUUUCAGUGUGAGGGGAAUGAAAUAAUAAUGAGAUAAUUAAUCAUGAAACGAGAGGGCGGGGUCAAGGCACUAAGGAGAGCACAUGGCACACAAAAACAAUGGCCAUGUGCUUCCAACACAGAAAACAUGCAAAAUCCUUUCACAAUAAAAUACAAAAACAUCUACAAGAAAGAACAUAUGGUGCUUUUCAGUCUAAAAGGAAGUGCAGAAUGAUUUUUACAUUGAUCCCCUUAAAUAAUUUUUUUAAAAGAGAUGUGGAUUUGAAUGGCAAUUAAAUUACCACAUGACCUUGGUGUUGGACCUCUGUAAUAUGACCAGGAAUUUUUUACACGGGUGGUCAGAGAAAAAAAUAGACAUUCUGGAUUUGGAUGACAAUAAAAUCACUGACAACCCUCUGUAAAUGAUGAAAAUACCUUACGUCCCCACGAGUAACAAUUCCGAAUAGGGCUUAACUCUUUGCUCACCAUGGACGAAUCAUCUUGUCAAUUAAGAGAAAAAUUUUGCAUAAGAACAUGUUCCUGAUGAGUUUUUAUGUUAAUCUGCAAUACCGCGAUUAUCCACUAGAUGCCACGUACCCAAUUUAUAAAAAAACUGAAGCCAAAACGUUAUUUAUAAUUUUUUUAAUCUGUGUAUGUUUUGAUAAUCGUUCUGAAUCUGAUCUAAUUUUUCCUUCACAAAAAUGCCAUUUUUCAGCUUUUUGCUAAAUUUUUUUUUAAAAAGAAAAAUACCCAUAUUUAAGAGUUUAUAAGCAGAGAAAAAAAUAUGGAUGAAAUGUUUUAUUCCUGUUUUGUUUGUUUGUUUGUUUGUUUAUUGUUUGUUUGAAAGCAGAGGGUCUGUUCUUUCAUUUAUAUUUUGUUUAUAUAUUUUUAGAAGAAAAUCUCCUGGAAGGCCUUUUGUGAAAAUCACAACAAAUGCUGGCAGGCGGGGAAUGAGUUAAGAGUGCUAUAUUAACUAAUAAGAUAAAAUGCUGUAAACAUAGAUUGCACAUUGUUUGUUCAUGUUAGCUUAUGUAUUAACUAAUGUUAGCAAAGAGAACCUUAUUCUAAAGUGUUACUGGGUAAUAUCUCUCAGUAUUUUCAUUUUUAGCAACUUUUUAUAAAAAAAUAAUAAUUUCUUCAUUUGUUUAAAAUGUUAUGUGGUUUGUAUGUUUAAUGAUCUGGGAAACUGUAGGGUUUGUAAAUACAUCUGUAAAAUCAUCAAUUGUGGCACACAAGCAAAGCAUAUUAUUACGGUUUUCAACACAUAAUGUUAUUUUCAGUUGUGACAAAACCAGCAAAAUGUUCAACAACAGUGUUUAAUACUGUACAUAACAGGCAACUCAGUAUUUAAGUUUGUAUAAAUUCAUAUGUGCUAUACAUUUGUUAUACGUAUAUUCUGGACAAUCUUUUGUUGAGCCCCAUAACCACAAAAAGUCUUGUUUCAUGACUUUUUCUCAAAAACUAGUGAUUUUAAAUGCAGGUGGAGUGACACCUGCAUUACUACCUCAUUUGGAGACAUUUAAAUGCUAUAUUUCAUUUACAGAGAAAUUGUUUUACAUCAUAUGAUGUUAGCAACAUCAUACUCAAGGUUACAAAUGAUCCGUAGUAAUUCUUUCAUUCAAAUGUAGUCUCUACUGAGAGACUAUUAGAGAUCAAACUAAUUUUAGCAGCCUUUUUUGUUCCCUUAUUGUUAAAUGAUGUAUAAUGUAUUGAAUCAAUGUAUUGUUGGCUCCAUAGAAGUGUUAUAGGCCUGUGUGCUGGGAGUUGAGGGCUCUUGUAGCUAAAUUAAUAAAUUCAAGAUGUGAAAAAACUGCUUCAUAUUUAUGGAUGAUGCCGGACUUUUGUGCUGCGUAUGGCUGUUAGGCCUACUAGCACUAUGCAUUAAAGUUAGAAAAACGUAUUUUUUCUGUACUCAAUGCUAAAUAAAUGUCUGACUGUUGAAACAAACCAAAAGAAAACCAAGAAAAUCGCAUUCAUGAUGAUUUAUGGUGAUUUAUUUCCGUUACACCAUUGCCUACAAUGAUGCUGAUGCAGGGCUUCCCUGUUUCAAGAUGGCGGUUCUAGUUGACGCAUUCGGUCCAAUGAACUGCCGUAGCC